AUGAAGUUUAUGCUCGUGUCUCUGCUGGGGUUUAAUCUGGUCGUGGUCAUGGGGCACUGGUGUGAACGUGUGGUGGAGGAGAAGGUGGAGAGGUUGGUGUCCCCCCAUGUUCAGCGUGAGGUGGAAUGUUCUGCCGUCUAUCAGUUCAACACUCAGGGCUGGAGGCUGGAUGUGGAGCGAAUGAGGCACGAACACGGAGGAGACGACGGCAUCGCAGUUUAUUACAAGAGACAGGGACCUAAAGCUUCCUGUUACAUAUUCAAAGGACGGGUUGGUGCCCGGGGUCAGUGUUUCUCCACCUGGACGUGUGAGGAGUUUCCCGGGCUUCAUAACACGUCUCUGAUGGCUCUGGAGCAGUGCUGCAGUAACCUGUGGGGCUUAAGCUGGAGAAACGCAUCCGAUCAGACCUGUCUGUCCUGCACCUACACGCUCCUGCCAGACAUCAGCUCUUCUCCUGUGGUUCGUGGAGGGCUGUUUCGCGGUGUUCGUGAUCUGCAGGCGUCUGGCACCUGUAUGAGCUGGGGCGGGACACACUACCGCACCUUUGACCGGAAACAUUUCCACUUCCAGGGCAGCUGCACGUACCUGCUGGCCUCAUCCACUGACGGGACGUGGGCCGUGUAUAUGAGCACAGAGUGUGAUCCUGCGGGACACUGCCGGAAGGGACUGCGGUUGAUGUUGGGUCUUGGCUUGGUGUCCAUACAUAAAACCAAUAUGACUGUUAAUGGUUUAACACUACCGCAGGGUGAACCUCUCUUCCAAAACGGAGUCAGCGUUCACUGGCUGGGUGACUUUGUGUUUGUGGAGAGUGGUUUGGGUGUCAGACUGAAGUUUGACAUGGAGAACACCGUCUAUCUGACGGUUACCGCUGAACACCUCACUGCCACCAGGGGGCUUUGCGGCGAUUAUAACAACAGCCCAGAUGAUGACUUCACUACCAGCAGUGGAAGUGUGUCUCAGUAUGCUGCCAGCUUUGGAAACUCAUGGCGUGUUCAAGAUCAGCAAGGCCAGGUGUGUAGUGAUGCAGCAGAGCUGGGUCACAGCUGUGAUCUGUCCAGUGACGUCUCUCUCCGGCGGGACGCAGAAACAGCCUGUCACCGUCUCAAAGAGAGUCCAUUCUCACACUGCCAUCACCAGGUGGAUCCCGGUCCGUAUAUCGACACGUGUCUGUAUCUGUACUGCAGUGUGGAUGUGAAGGACAGAGAUACGGCAGUGUGCGACACGUUAGCCAGCUACGUGCGCGAGUGUGCGCAACAACACGUCAUCAUCCGCUGGAGGAGCGCUGGCUUCUGUGAGCGUGUUUGUCCGAGCGGUCAGGUGUUCUCUGACUGUGUGUCGUCCUGUCCCCCCACCUGCUCGUCUCCUCGUCCUCCGGCGUCGGGUCAGUGUCGGGACGAGUGUGUGGGGGGGUGCGAGUGUCCCCUGGUUCUCUACCUGCAUGCGGGCCAGUGUCUGCGACGGGACGACUGUCCCUGCUUCCACAGACGCCACAGCUACAGCGCAGGAGACGCCAUCCGACAGCGCUGCAACACCUGUGUGUGUCGCGCCGGUCAGUGGGAAUGUUCUGGAGAGAAGUGUGAAGCUCAGUGCGCUGUGAUCGGAGCGAUGCACAUCACGACCUUCGAUCAGAAGAGAUACGGCCUGCAGGCCGGCGACUGCCGCUUCACAGCUGUAGAGGAUUUUGUGGAUAAAAAGCUCUCUGUCAGCAUCAGCGGAGGACCGUGUGCAGGAGGAACUGCUGGAUGUCUGAGAGAAAUGACGGUCACUGCGCUUCAUACGACAGUCACUGUCACAGAUACAGGUUCGGUGAUGGUGAACGGUCAGCGGGAGCUUCUGCCGGUGAUCACAGGAGAUCUGAUGGUCAGAAAGGCUUCUUCCAGUGUUCUGCUGAUCCAGGCAUUUGGAGCUCAGAUGAUGUGGCAUCUGGACGGGCCUCUGCUCCUCAUCACCCUACAGCCGGGAUUCGCUCAUAAGGUUCGUGGUUUAUGUGGCACUCUGACCUGGAGUCAGCGUGAUGAUUUCACCACACCUGAAGGUGACGUGGAGACCAGCGUGGCCUCUUUUGCUGCCAAGUUCAGAACAGGAUCAUGCCCUCUGCCCUCAGCGAUGACCUCUGACCCCUGCGGGACACACACACAGCGCAGACGGUACGCAGAGAGCGUGUGCUCUGUGAUUCACAGCGCGGUGUUUCAGGCGUGUCAUGAUGUGGUGGACAGAGAGCCGUACAUGCGUCUGUGUCUCAGUGAAGUGUGUAGCUGCGGCCCGCAGAACUCCUGCCAGUGCACCGUCCUCACCGCCUUCGCCCGGCACUGUGCCCAAGAGGGGGCGCCGCUCAGCUGGAGAAACCACACAUUCUGCUCGGUGCUGUGCUCUGGAGGGCAGGUGUAUCAGGAGUGCGGGCGCCUGUGUGGGACAUCCUGUGCUGAUCUGUGGGACGGCUGGAGCUGUGAGGAGCAGGAGGGCAGCAGGGUCUGUGUGCCGGGGUGUCAGUGUCCGGAUGGACUGGCUCAGGACGAUCAGGGUCAGUGUGUGCCGGUGGACGUGUGUCCCUGCAGACAUGCAGACGCGCUCCAUCCCGCCGGGAGCACCGUACAGAAGAACUGCAACCGCUGUGUUUGUGUGCGUGGCUUGUGGAACUGCACGGAUCUCUCGUGUCCUGAGGUCAAUCAGUGUCCGGGCUCUCUGAUCUUCUCUCCUCGAUCGUGUCUGAGGACCUGCUCCAGUCCGAACUCUCCUCUGGACGCGUGUGCUGAACCCAUCCACGGCUGCGUCUGUCCUGAAGGAACCGUGCUGCUGGGUGAUCAGUGUAUAAAGCCAGACGAGUGCCCGUGUCACCACAACGGCAGACUUUAUUUCAUCAAUCACACCAUUUCUAAAGACUGCAACACUUGUGUGUGUCGUGAGCAGCGCUGGCACUGCGGUCAGUCGUUGUGUUCUGGCACCUGCGUGGCCACCGGUGACCCUCACUACAUCACGUUUGACGGCCGAUAUUACUCUUUCCUGGGCGACUGUGAGUAUGUUCUGGCACAGGAGAGCAGCGGUUUGUUCAGCGUCAGCGCCGAGAACGUGCCCUGCGGCAGCACAGGAGUGACCUGCACCAAAUCUGUCACGCUGACUGUGGGAAACACGGCCAUACACCUGCUCAGAGGUAAAGCUGUGAUGGUCAACGGGGUUCCAGUGACUCUUCCAAAGUUGUAUUCGGGCAGUGGUUUGAUUCUGGAGCAGGUCGGGUUAUUUGUGUCCCUCUCGUCUCGACUCGGAGUCACUCUGCUCUGGGAUGGAGGAAUGCGUGUUUAUGUCCGGCUGAUGCCUCACUUGCGUGGCCAAGUCGGAGGAUUGUGCGGAAAUUUUGAUGGAGAUGCAGAAAAUGAUUUCACCACAAGACAAGGCAUCAUGGAAUCCACUCCAGAACUGUUUGGAAACUCCUGGAAGAUCAGCCCGUCAUGCCCUGACGUCUCAGACCAGGAUCUCCAUGACCCCUGUGUUAUCAACCCUCACCGGGUGACGUGGGCCAAAAAGAAGUGUGCGGUGAUCAGUCAGGAGAUCUUCAGCUCGUGUCACUCAGAAGUGUCGUCUCAGCAGUACUACGACUGGUGUGUCUUUGACGCCUGCGGGUGUGACUCAGGCGGCGACUGUGAGUGUUUGUGUACGGCUGUAGCAGCCUAUGCAGAAGAGUGUAACCGCAGAGGAGCGUAUGUGCGCUGGAGGUCACAGGAACUCUGCCCGCUGCAGUGUGAGAACGGUUUGGUUUAUGAGGCCUGCGGUGCUGCCUGUUCUCCAGCGUGUCCCGGCACUCCUUCUGUGUCUGAUCCCCUCUGCAGCGCCCUCUCCUGUGUGGAGGGAUGUUUCUGUCCUCACGGCACUGUGAGACACGGUGACGUCUGUAUCCCUCCGUCUCAGUGUCCGUGUGAGUGGGACGGAUCUUUAUUUCCCGCAGGAGCGACUGUCACUCAGCACUGUCAGAACUGCUCUUGUUCUGAUGGUUUGUGGCGUUGUGCUGGAUCUCCAUGUCCUCCUCCGUCUCUCUGUGAGGACUCAGAGUUCCUGUGCUCCGGCGGCUCUCAGCGCUGUAUUCCCGCCGUCUGGCUCUGUGAUAAUGAGGACGACUGCGGCGACGGUUCGGAUGAACUCUGUCCCUCCACCUGUCCUCCAGAUCAGUUCCGCUGCUCCGGUGGGGCCUGCUUACCGCUGGAGCUCAGGUGUAACGGCCAUCCCGACUGCGCCGACCAAUCAGACGAGGACUUCUGUGCCCCGACCUCACCAGAGCCCGGCUGUCCGGCCGGAGAGUUCAGGUGUGUGAACGGACGCUGUCUGCCGGCUCAUAAAGUCUGUGACGGGAGGCUGGAUUGUGGAUUUGCUGAUGAUUCUGAUGAACAAGACUGUGGCAUGUUGUGCAGACAGGACGAGUUCCGCUGUUCGUCGGGUCGUUGUGUGUUGUUCCUCCACCGCUGUGACGGUCACGAUGACUGCGGGGACUACAGCGAUGAGAGAGGGUGUGUGUGUGCCAUCGGAGAGCUGCAGUGUCCUGGAGAUCAGUGUGUGUCUGCAGAGAGAGUGUGUGACGGUCACAGGGACUGUCCAUCCGGCAUCGAUGAGCUCAUCUGUCCUGUCAAAGGAUGCAGUCAGUUUGAGUUCGGCUGCACUAGCGGUCAGUGUGUGCCGUUAGCGUGGCGCUGUGACGGCGAGACAGACUGUCUGGAUGGGAGCGAUGAGAAACGCUGUUCCCGCACAUGUCAGUCUGACCAGUUUCUGUGCCAGACCGGAGACCAGUGCAUCCAACACCAGCAGCUGUGUGACGGGACGCCCCACUGUAGAGACGCCUCAGAUGAGAGCGUGGACAACUGCGAUAAAGUCAGUCCCACCACAGCGCCACCUAGUGAGGGAAACGCCAGUCGCGUUUGUCUGGAGUUCACCUGUGCUGAUGGAUCCUGUGUGCCCUUCAAUGCGUUGUGUAACGGUGCAGCAGACUGUCCCACAGACGCCUCAGAUGAGACGGGCUGUGGUGUCUGGGGUCCCUGGAGCUCCUGGAGCCCCUGCAGCCGAAGCUGUGGAUCAGGAACCGUGAGCCGACAGAGACGCUGCAGCCGCGAGGAUUCAGACGGACACUGCAGAGGAGAGAAAACACAGCGACAGCAGUGCUACUCCACCGCCUGCCCCGUCGAUGGCUACUGGCUGCCGUGGGUCACGUGGUCGAACUGCAGUAAAGGUUGUGGCGGUGUUGAAGUCCGUCAGAGAGAGUGUUUCCCACCGCAGAACGGAGGCAGAACCUGUGCAGAACUACCUGGAGAAACUAACCUGACUACUGACAUCAAGCCAUGUCCUCAGGACGGCUGCGCUAACGUCUCUUGUCCCGUGGGCCUCGUCAGACAUAGCUGUGCGCCGUGCCCUUUGACCUGCGCUCACGUAUCCUGGGCAACAACAUGUGACCACAACUCCAGGUGUUUCACAGGCUGCUGGUGUCCUGAUGGGACGGUCAUGAAUCACGAGCAGCAGUGUGUUCGGCCGGAGGAGUGUGUGUGUGAGGUGUCUGGGGUUCGAUACUGGCCCGGUCAGCAGGUCAAAGUGGGCUGUGACGUCUGUGUGUGUGAGCGAGGACGAGCCCAGCGCUGUCACACCAACCCAGAGUGCUCAGUUCACUGUGGCUGGUCGUCCUGGUCUCAGUGGGGCGAGUGUUUGGGUCCCUGUGGUGUUCAGAGUGUCCAGUGGUCUUUCCGCAGCCCGAAUAACCCCUUAAAACACGGAAACGGCCGACAGUGCCGAGGAAUUUACCGGAAAGCACGACGCUGUCAGACGGAGCCGUGCAGUGAGUGUGAAUAUCAUGGACACACACAUGUGGUGGGAGAGCGCUGGAAAGGCGGUCAGUGUCAGAUGUGCCAGUGUUGGCCUAACCUCACGGUGCAGUGCGUCCCGUACUGUCCUUACACUGCCACUGGAUGCCCACAGGUGUGUGUGUAAGUCUGUUGUGUUGUGUUGUCAGGUAAUGGCAGCACUAUCAUGACAACUACACCUAUGAUCCUGCCAAUAACACUUGGACCCUCCACACCACCAGAGGGCCCUCCGACCGUCCCGACGUACCCUCUGCCACCUGCAGAUGAGUGUUGGUCCGCUCUGGGCGUUCUCUCGCUCCCCGCCAGCAGCUUCAGCGCCUCAUCCCAUCAGCCCGGUCACCCUCCGUCAGCGGGACGUCUGCACGCUCGGGACCCCCACAGUGACCUGCAGGGCUGGAGCCCGGAGCCAGAGGAGUACAGAGAGCUCCCGGCCGGGACCCCUGAGGAGCACAGACACUUGUCACGCUGGCCGUACCUCCAGAUAGACCUGCUCAGACACUACAACAUCACAGGCGUGUUGAUGCAGGGUGGCGGCGUGUUUGACACGUUUGUUUCCAGCUUCUAUCUGCAGUUCAGCAGCGACGGACGUCAGUGGUUCACUUAUAAAGAGCUGAUCACAGACGCCAGACCCAAAGCUAAGGUGUUUCAGGGAAACCGUGAUGACCGUGGCAUAGCUUUGGCCCGUCUGGACCGGAUGGUGUCGGCUCGCUUUGUACGAAUUCUGCCUCAUGAUUUUCAGAAUGGAAUCUAUCUGAGAGUCGAAGUCAUGGGCUGUGAUGAUGGAACUCGUCCCGCUCCUACCAGAAGGCCGGCGGUCUGCCCGUCGGGUCAGUUCUCCUGUCCUCCUCCAGGAGGCUGCAUUGAGGCGCAGCGCCGCUGUGAUGGAGUUCCUCACUGUCCUGAUGGAGCGGAUGAGAGAGACUGCACACACACAAAUAUUACCCACGUCACCCCCACCGCCGCCCCUCUCCGGACGCCCAGCAAGAAACCCGUGACCACUCAGAGUGCCCUGACCACCACUGAAGGAGGACCUGGUCAGAAAGGUGUCUGUUCUUCUGCUCUGGGAUUGGAGGAUGGGCAUAUCCAUUAUGGUCAGCUGACCUCGUCCUCAUACAGAGAGAAUAAUCCUGCAGACGCUGGCCGGCUCAACGUCGUACCCAAUGUGAUGGUGAUGGAGCCCGGAUGGAGUCCGUUACCUGGAGACCCUCAUCCGUACUUCCAGGUGGAUUUCCUGGAGCCCACGUGGAUUUCUGGUGUGGUGACACAGGGCAGUGAACGCAUGUGGGGAUACCUGAGCAAAUACAGACUAGCCUUCGCUUUGGUGGAGAACCACUUCAUCAACUUCACUGAGACUGGAGACAGAGGCUCUCCUCCGAAGAUAUUUGAGGUGAGGAUGGUCAGCCGGACGCCCGUCACACGCUGGUUGGACAGAUUGGUCCGAGCUCGGUUUCUCCGGAUCAUUCCUGUAGAGUUUCGCCACACUUUCUAUCUCCGUGUGGAGGUGCUGGGCUGUAGAGGAGAUGAGUUGGUCACACCCAGGAAUGAAGUGACCACAGCGCCACCUGGUGUUCCAGGAUUACAGACCCACACCGGCCCAACAGGACAUCCUGGUCACUAUAACUACACCUCUGGACGUCCCGGACUUCACACCACGAGUCCACAGGACGGCAGCCCAGGAGUGGCUCCACCGACCCACAUCACAACAGCGCCACCUGCUGUCGGUCCGACCGGAGAACCGGGCAUUCAUGUUCUGACGCCUACACCCUUCUUCAACACGACAGGAUUCUGGGAUACAUCUACACCCCCUGAUGAUGGUUUACCCAGAGUUGUGUGUGUGGAAGGACAGUUCGCCUGCAGGACGUUUGGUUGUGUGGAAGCUGCUCUUGUGUGUGACGGCCGGGAGGACUGUCCCGACGGAUCCGAUGAAGAUCGCUGUGGGUCCGUCACACCCUCUCAGCGCCCCCUGCUGCCCAAACUCUGCUCCUCCAAACAGUUCAGCUGCUGGAGCGGCGAGUGUGUGAGUUUGGAGAAGAGAUGUGACCUGCGCAGAGACUGUGCUGACGGCUCGGACGAGAGCGACUGCUUCGACUGUAUUCUGUCUCCCUGGACGUCCUGGAGUCAGUGCAGCGUGUCGUGUGGUCUGGGGUCGCUUUUCCGCCAGAGGAACAUCCUGAGAGACGCCCGGUCGGGCGGAUCCUGCGGCGGCGCUCAGUUCGACAGCCGCGCAUGUUUCCUGCAGGCCUGUCCUGUGGACGGUCAGUGGUCGGAGUGGACGCAGUGGUCCGGUUGUGACGUCCCGUGUGGUGGAGGACUGAUGGUGAGGAACAGGACCUGCUCGAACCCUCCGCCCAAAAACGGUGGGAGAGACUGUGAGGGGAUGAGCAGACAAACACACACGUGUAACAUGCAGACCUGCGGCCCGAACACAGACACACAGAGCGGCUGCACUGGAGGAAUGAUCCUGGUGGAGGAGUCGGAUUGUUUGGCUGGAAAAAUCGAGCCGUGUCCCGUGACCUGUUCUGACCUUCAUUCUGAGAGGAACUGCACCUUAAACUGCACUACAGGAUGUCGCUGUCCUCAUGGGCUCUUCCUGCAAGAGGGCCGUUGUGUCAAUGCCAGUGAAUGUGAGUGUUUAUGGGAAGGUUCGGUCAUCCGGCCUGGUCAAGAAGUCAGUAACGGCAGCUGCAGCACAUGUGUGUGUAAAGAAGGUCGUGUCACCUGUGAUGAAUCCAGCUGUGUCGCUCGCUGUGAUUGGUCGGCCUGGUCUUCAUGGACGUCAUGUGACAGCAGCUGUGGGACAGGAAUAGAGCACCGUUACAGAUCUCCUCUGAGUCCAGUGGGAGCGGUGAAUGUGGAGCCGUGUGAAGGAGACUCUACUGAAGCCCGUCGGUGCUACUCGUCCUGCUCAGAGGGUCCUGAGGGAGUGUCGUGGAGCGAGUGGACGCUGUGGUCCGAGUGCAGUAAGACGUGUUUUCAUCAUGUGGACGCUGUGGGACUGAGGCGGCGCUUCAGGAGCUGUAAUCACACACUCACCGGCGCCUCCUGUGGAGGAGAGGCGGAAGAACACGAGCCGUGCAACACCGUCCACUGCCCCGUGAACGGCGGCUGGUCGUCCUGGUCGAGCUGGUCUGUGUGUUCGUCUGAGUGUGACUCUGGUGUUCAGACGAGAGAGCGCUUCUGCAGUUCUCCUCCGCCGCUGUACGAAGGCCUCGGUUGUCCCGGGCCACACAUACAGACACGAGACUGCAACGUCCAGCCCUGCUCUGGUGUGUGUCCAGACGGCAUGAGCUUCCUGUCUAAGGCUCAGUGCGAGGCUCAGGGCGGCGCGUGUCCACGAGUGUGUCUGGAUGCCACGGCGGAUGUGGAGUGUGCCACCGAGUGUUAUGAUGGCUGUUACUGCUCUCCUGGUUUCUAUCUGUUCAAUAACACCUGUGUGCCUCUCUACCGCUGCCCGUGUUACCGUAAGGGGGCGCUGUACAUGCAGGGAGACAGCGUGCCCGACGACAGCUGUAACAACUGCACGUGUGUCAAUGGAGAGAUGCAGUGUGGAACAGCGCCCUGCCCUGUGGAUUGUGGGUGGAGUGAGUGGACGGCCUGGAGCGCAUGCAGUCGCACAUGUGACGUGGGCAUCAGACGCCGCUAUCGUUCAGGAACCGAUCCAGCGCCGGCGUUUGGUGGCCGUGCGUGUGAGGGCGAGCGCAUCGGACUGGACACAUGCAGCAUUACACCUUGUUUCGGAGUGAAGGGCCCGUGGAGCCCGUGGUCCGAGUGUUCGGUUCCCUGCGGCGGAGGAUACAGGAGCAGAACCAGAGGUCCGGUCAGGACUCACGGGACGCCUCAGCAGUUCAGCGCCUGUAACCUGCAGCCCUGCGGGAAUGGAAGCACUUGUACAGAAGGUCAGGAGUGGGUCGCAUGUGUGAGAGAGGAGCUGCUGUGCUCAGAUUUGGGGACGGAGGUCCAGAGAAACACCAGCUGUCUGCUUGGGUGCCAGUGUCCCGAUGGGUCGGCCCUACAGGAUGGCGAGUGUGUGUCUCUAUCUCUCUGUCGCUGUCAUGUUGAUGGAGAGCAGCACAAACCCGGAGCCACAGUCACCAAAAACUGCAACAACUGCACGUGUGAAUCAGGAAAGCUGGUGGACUGUAUUAGUGUGGAGUGUGACGUGGAUGGCGGCUGGUCGUCCUGGACUCCGUGGAGUGUGUGCUCUGUGACGUGUGGCGCUGGUCUGCAGUCACACUAUCGCUUCUGUUCGGAUCCGGAGCGAGCUGGGAACGGACUGCCCUGUGUGGGACCGGACCGAGAGGACAGAGUGUGCACUUCAACACCCUGCAGCCGAGACGGAGGCUGGAGUGACUGGUCGUCCUGGACAGACUGCAGUAAGUCGUGUGGUGGAGGAGUGAAGAGCCGCAGACGGGACUGUGAUCGACCCGUCAGAGGAGGAGACGGAGACUAUUGUGAAGGACUGGGAACGGAAGUCAUCCUGUGUAGCACACACCACUGUCCAGUGUCUUCAUGUUCACACGUGCCAGGAAGUGUGUUCAGCGCCUGCGGACCCUCGUGUCCACGAUCAUGUGACGACCUCACUUGUGUGAACCGGGACACAUGUCCCUGUCUGAACCUGCACACAGGACAACGGGUCCGUCCCGGAGAGACCGUCCCGACUCCAGACGCCUGCAACAACUGCACCUGUGAGGGAGGGAGACUCGUCUGCGGUGAACAGCCGUGUCCAGUGGAUGGAGGCUGGUGUCAGUGGUCCGAAUGGACGCCCUGCUCAAAGACCUGUGGGAUGGAGUGGGUGUCCCGCUACAGGAGCUGCGCUUGUCCUGAACCCAGAUCAGGAGGAGCGGCGUGUCCAGACCAGCAGGAGGAACACGCCGGACUGGGAGUCCAGAUCCAGAGACAGCCGUGCCCAUCCGUCUCCUUCUGCCCCAUUGACGGCUCAUGGGGCUCCUGGAGCUCGUGGUCGGACUGUGACGCGUGUGCCGGUGUGUCUGUGAGACAGAGGCAGUGUAACAGUCCUCCGGCGCGGUUCGGCGGUCUGUCCUGCCUCGGAGAGAGUCGGCAGAGACGCGGCUGUCAUGAUAACAUCACCGUCUGCUCAGACUGUGGAGGAGGACAGGAGCAGUGGCCCUGCGGGAAGCCCUGUCCGCGCUCCUGCUCCGAUCUGCACGGAGACACGGAGUGUGUGGACUCACCGGGAUGCAGCUCGACCUGCGGGUGUCCAGGAGACAUGCUGCUGCAGGACGGCCUGUGUGUGGACCGAGAGCUGUGCCGCUGUAAAUAUCACAACAUCAGCGCAGGAAUAGACACAGGCAAUGUUUCCUGGUCAAGGCCGGAAGCAUCAGACUGGCAUCAUGUGGCUCCAGGAGAGACCAUCAGCACUGACUGUCAGAACUGCACCUGUGAAGCAGGUGUCCUUCAGUGUGACUCAGUUCCUGGUUGCCAUGUAGACGGCAGCUGGGGCCAAUGGGCUCCCUGGUUGGAAUGCUCCGCCCGCUGUGGAGGAGGGUCUCAGAGCCGUAGCCGAUCCUGCCGGACACCACCCUGUUCGGGCAUGAGACGCCAGAGCAAGACCUGUAACACUCAAGUGUGUCUGGAGGUGGGCUGUCCUCCCGGCCGUCUCUAUCGGGAGUGUGAGCGCGGUGAAGGCUGUCCGUUCAGCUGUUCUCAGGUCAGCGGUCACGAGGGCUGUUAUUCUGAGGGCUGUGAGGAGGGCUGCCACUGUCCGCUCAACACCUACCAGCACAACGGAUCCUGCGUUUAUGAAUGUCCAUGUCUGGUGGACACUGACUUCCUGACCUCUUUACAAAGUGUCUCGGCGACCCCUGACCUGACCCCUGACCUCCAGAACAUCACACUGGGGUCAGAGCUGAUGUCUGGAGAGGAGCUGAUGCAUGAAUGCAGUUCCUGCUCGUGUGAACAUGGACUGUGGAACUGCUCUCUGGUUCCGUGUCCCCGCGAUGGAGGUCUGUCUCCUUGGGGCCCCUGGGGCCCGUGUUCACUCAGCUGUGGGGGUCUCGGUCAGAAGACUCGCAGCAGAACCUGUAACCGGCCCAGUCCUGCUCACGGGGGCCGAGACUGUGACGGGCCCCUGCUGGACACAGCCUACUGCCAGACACCCGACUGCCCACUGGUAACAGUUCCGACAGAGGAACCAUCUUUACCAGACGAGGAUGCUGGUUUCUCCCAGUGGACGGCGUGGACUCCGUGCUCCAGAACCUGCAGUGAUCCGGUUUCUCCUGCUCUGAAGGUCCGUAUGAGGGAGUGUGUUCGUGAACGCUGCUCUGGAGAAACCCGACAGGAUCGAGUCUGUAACCUGCCUCAGUGUCCCGAUGGUGGUGUGUGUCCGGGCCCUGAAUGCGCUCACAGGAACUGCUCCUGGAUGAUGUGGGGUGAGUGGAGCUCCUGCUCUCGCUCCUGCGGCGUGGGACAGCAGCAGCGCGUCCGCACCUUCCUCGCCCCGGGCGUCAAUGGGACCUGGUGCCAGGACAUCCUGGGUGGUAACGUGGAAAACCGCUUCUGUAAUAUUCGGGCCUGCCGCGUGGACGGAGGCUGGUCUCGCUGGAGCUCUUGGUCCCGCUGUGAUAAAGCCUGCGGCGGUGGACGCUCCAUCAGGACCCGCUCCUGCUCCAGUCCUCCACCCAAAAACGGAGGCCGCAAAUGCACAGGAGAGAAGAACCAGGUCAAACCCUGCAACACCAAACCCUGCGAUGAUGAGGGCUGUCCGGCGGGACAGGAGUUUGUGUCGUGUGCUAAUGAGUGUCCUCAGCGCUGCUCAGAUCUGCAGCAGGGCAUCGAGUGCCAGAGAAACACUGAGUGUCAGCCGGGCUGCCGCUGCCCGCGAGGUCAGUUGCAGCAGGACGGCGUGUGUGUUCAGACGUGGCAGUGUGACUGUCUGGAUGCGUUGGGUCAGAGCUGGGCCGCAGGCAGCACACAUCAGGUGGACUGCAACAACUGCAGCUGCGCAGACGGGCGGCUCACCUGCACUAAUCACAGCUGCGCAGGAGAGCACAGCUGCACCUGGAGCUCCUGGUCCACCUGGGCCUCCUGCAGCUCCACCUGCAGCCCUGGACAGAGGACUCGAUUCAGCUGCCAGUUCGAGGAAGUCCAGCACAAACCAUGUGACCUCGGCGUGUGUCCCCCGCUGUGUGUCCAUGAUGAGCAGGAACUGUCUGUCGGAGACACGUGGUUAGAAGGGGAAUGUAAGCAAUGCACCUGCAUCCCUGAAGGAGACUAUUGCCAAAAUAUAGACUGUCGAGUGGACGGUGGAUGGACCCCGUGGUCUGUGUGGUCAGACUGUCCCGUGACAUGUGGGAAGGGUAAACAGAUCCGCACCCGCGCCUGUAUCAACCCUCCACCGCGAAACAACGGCACCGACUGCACUGGACCUGAGAGAGACACCCAGAACUGUCACACUGCACCUUGUCUUGAUGACCUUUGCCCCUGGUCCCCGUGGUCGUCCUGUUCGCGCAGCUGCGGCGCAGGCGUGAUCUCCAGACGCCGUCAGUGUGUGUGUGAGGAGACAGAAGAUCCCGCGUGUCCUCCAGACGUCCAGAGGGACGCAGAGGAGACGCAGCUGUGUUAUAAGAGACCCUGUCCAGCCUGUCCCGUGUCUGAAUGGAGUGCGUGGAGCGACUGCUCCUGUGUGUCUCAGUAUCAGCAGCGCUUUCGUGCACCGCUCAUCUCGGCCAGCGGUGGGCAGCACUGCUCUGAUCUCGAGAGACAGAGCCGGCCCUGUAAACCUGACAACUGCACAGAUUGUGAGAAACCCUUCCUGUUCUCUGAAUGUGGAUCUCCAUGUGAGAAACACUGUGAUCUGUCGGGUCAAACGCACUCGUGUUCGUCCCAGAACUGCACACCUGGCUGCUUCUGUGCGGAGGGUCUCCUGCAGCAGAACGGAUCAUGUGUUCGUCCGGAUCAGUGUGGCUGUGUCCAUCUCCUCCAUCAGGGCUCAGACAGACCUGUGGCCGUCACUGUCCCGCAGGGGGCGCUGCUGACCGUGGGCUGCAGAACAUGUCUUUGUCAUGACGGCUCUCUGCAGUGUGAUUUACGGGAAUGUAAAGGUAUAACGCUUCUAUUUUUACCCGAAGAGUGUGAUGAAGAGCUGGAGGAAGAGCGAAUCUGCCCGCAGUCUGACAUCUGCACCGAUGUGUGCCACUGGAGCUCAUGGAGCGGCUGGAGUGUGUGUAGAGACCCCUGCAGCGGAGGAUACCGGCAGAGAGAGCGCCGACCUCUGACCUCUGACCCCGGACCACACUGCAGGAACCUACAGACGCAGUCUCAGAGCUGCAACACUGGCCUCUGUCCCGGCGAGCAUUGUGAGGACAGGGGGCGGGUCUAUGACGACUCCUGUGCCAAUCAGUGUCCCCGCAGCUGCGCUGACCUGUGGGAUCACGUCCAGUGUCUGCAGGGCACCUGUCAUCCAGGCUGCCGCUGUCCAGACGGCCGGCUGCUGCAGGACGGAGGGUGUGUGCGGGUGGACGAGUGUCGCUGUGGGCUUCCGCUGGAGAACGGGACGCUGGAGAUCCGACCCGGAGAGAACAUCACCCUCAGCUGCAACACCUGUGUGUGUGUAAAUGGCUCUCUGGUGUGUACGGAUCACGUGUGUCCGGUCUACGGUCCGUGGGGAUCGUGGAGUGAGUGUUCGGUGUCGUGUGGGACAGAGGGACAGAGGACACGCAGACGGUCCUGCAAACACACGACCGGAGGACCGACCUGCGCCGACUCCAUCCAGAGUGAAAGCUGCUCACUGCUGCCCUGUCCAGAUUGUCCUGCUGGUCAGGUGUUCAGCUCUUGUGCAGGAUCCUGUCCGUACAGUUGUGAGGAUCUGUGGCCCCAAAAUCAGUGUGUGCCGCUGACCUGCAGUCCUGGGUGCAGCUGCCCGCCUGGAGCCGUGAUGCUGAAUGGAAGCUGUGUUCCUCAAUCCCAGUGUCCUUGUUCUGUGGUCUCGCUCCCGCUGACGUCCCAAAACCUCACCCUGGACCUCCAGGAACAGGAAGUUCCUGCAGGAACCGUCAUUCCAGACUCCUGCAACUCAUGUGUCUGUGAAGGUGGGAUCUUUACCUGCACUAACGAGUCAUGUGAUGCGUGUCCAGAGGGUGAGCGAUGGCUCUGGAGUGAGCCCGGAUCGGGGCGAGUGUGUGAGAGGGGGUGUUUGGACCUGUACAGCCCUGAACCGCUCAACUGCACGGGCCCCGGUGUCACAGAGGGCUGUGUGUGUGAGGAGGGCCGGUAUCGCAGCCUGGAGGGCCGGUGUGUGAUUCCAGCACUGUGUCAGUGUGAAGAGGAAGACGGGACACUUCGAGAGCCGGGGUCCGAGUGGGUGGAUGGCUGUCAGUCCUGUCGCUGUAUCAAUGGCCAGAAACACUGUCAAUCAAACUGUCCUCCCCUUCACUGCUCUGAGGGUGAAGUGAAGGUGCUGGAAGCGGAGAGCUGCUGUCCCGUGUGCCGCAGAGAGUUUCCAGGGGAUCCGGUUGCCGAGUGCCGUCGUUACACUGAGGUCAGGAACAUCACCAAGGGCGACUGUCGCCUGGACAACGUGGAGGUCAGCUUCUGCAGAGGGCGCUGUUUGUCCCGGACCGAUGUCAUUCUGGAGGAGCCGUAUCUGCAGGCGUUCUGUGACUGCUGCAGCUACAGGCUGGACCCGCAGAACCCCGUGCGCUUCCUCAGCCUGCAGUGCGCCAGCGGAGACGUCGAGCCCGUCGUUCUGCCCGUCAUACACAGCUGCGAGUGCACCAGCUGCCAGGGUGGGUAA